AAAGUGAAUAAAGCUGUAGACAACUUUUCAGUUAGAGUAAUAAAGUCCCUUGAUUGAUGGUAGAUGAACCCAGCUACUUCAAUUUAUUCUUUCACAAAUCUGUAAAGUUACAAAAUCUACGAUCCUUAUGUGAUCUAUGCUUAUGUAAAUGUUUAAUAUUAUGUAAGUAAAGUGGCCUAAUAAAUUAUAUAUGUAUGUGUUUACAUACCAAACCAUAAUUUUCCAUAUCAUAUUGCCACCAAUUUUGUCAAGAAGGCCUCCAAAUCGGAAAUUUGUGUCUUCGUCCUGAAGCAUGGAAGAUCAUGGACCGAACCAAAGGAAAAGACACAAUGCUUUUAGUGGGUUCGUGGAUAAACCACUUGGUUAUUCUUCUGGUGAAGAUGGCCAUGAUUCCAAGAAGCUUAAACCCAAUUCUGAAGCUCCUUUAUCAACCAUAGACCAACAAGUCCCUGCCGUACCCCUCCCCAAUAUAUUGGUUUCUGCUUUCAAGGAGAACACCACAGGUUCUGUCAAAUUUCAGCUGUUUGUGAGCAAAUUUUAUAGUUCAUCAACUUCCACUUCCCCUCCACCAGUAUACACAUUGAAAGUCACAAGUGCUUCAAACACCAGUACAGAAGUUGAACCUGCAGGGAACAUAGCUGAUGGUGGAGUAGCACCAGUGUUGACAGAAACGAGACUAGUAGCUGAGGGCCAAUUUAUGCUACGCUCUCGACUCUAAUAUCAGCUAUGAAGACUUCAAUUUAUUUGACUUUGUUAAAGCCACAAAUGUGGUGUUUCUCCAAGUUGCAUCCAAAAGGCUUGUGCAUGCUGCAAUAUUUUCCAAUCCAUACAAACUAUUACACGUCCAGUUUUUCCAAUUUUUGCUUUAAUUUGUAGAAGUCAUAUGGAUAUGUAUGGACUUAGUAAUAUUCUGUUAUCAUAUCAGCUUAUAUAACUUAUAAUAGUCCAUUGAAAUGCAUUGUCAAAUUUACAUCUACCGUUAUUAAAAUCAAUGUGAAGGUAUUGACCAACCAAAUGAAAUAUCAUUUGGAUUUU